CCUCAAAACCCUCUUUCCUGUUGCCUCUUCUUAGCCGCCAUUCCCUUCUGUUUAACGAAGAGGUAGCAGCUGCAGCAGCACUUCUAUACUCUCUCCAAACGACAACAACGAACUCCGUUUUGUUUGGAUCGCGUUUUGCGUUUUAAUGGGAAGGGUUAGUGGAACCGAGAAGCAAGAGUUUACUGAGAUGGAGGACACUGAAUUCACUGAUUCUCAGCUAAUUUGUCAUGUUAGAGAUGCACUUUUAGCAGUCACUUUGGGUGACAGAGAGAAUUAUGAUGAGCUUGUUGGUUAUUUGCACCGGAAAGAGAGUCUUAAUCCCGAUCAGAUUGCUCUACUUGAGACAACUUUGAAGGCACUCUCUGGAACAGUCUCAUGCAUAGAUUCUGUUCAUCACGAAUCUCUUCUUUCUGCAGUUUAUAGAAUGAGCCUGUGGAAUUAUGGAACUUCUAUUAUGGAUGCACUGGUUGAGCUGAUUGUAUCCUUGGCUGCUUCCAAUGGGAAAUAUAUCGAUUGGUCUUUGGAGAUGCUUGUGAAUAACUUCACUCCACCUUAUCACCUCAUGGAUAGUCUGAAGCAGGAGAGUGGAAUUGAAAAGAAGAAUAAAGUUCUGUCUCGUGUGCAUGCUGCUUUUGAAGCCAUAGCUGUUUUGGUGCCUCUUGCCCCUUUGCGACUCUCUCCAAUAGUUGUCCAGAGGAUGCCCUUAACCUACAGUAAGGGACCGGAGAUUCUCAUGUACGUGGAGAACAUGUUAAAGUUGGAAAGUGGUGCAAUUGGAGAAAUUGUUGGUGUUACGAUGCUGCCUGCUAUUGUAGAUAGGUUGAUAGAGCUUGAUGUCGAAAUUGGAUGGGAUGGCCUCUUGCAGGAAGAUGCCAAAGGCAUAUUUGAAAUGGAAUUAGAGGAUGCCGAAUUCGCAGAUGCGGAUGGGGAUGAUAAUCUGCCUGCUGCAGAAUAUUUAAAUAGGAAAAGUUUGGAGGGAAACACAAUUGCUGAGAAAUUAGAUAGCUUGAUUGAGCUGACCUUUUUGCAUCUUGAGUCCUGUCAAAGCAGUGGCCGUUUGUCUGAGGUAUUUGAUGUUCUAGUGAGAUCAUUUCAAAGGACUAUUUUGAAUGCCUACAAGUCAAAAUUCACCCAGUUUGUGGUGUUCUAUGCAUGUGCACUUGAUCCUGAAGAUUGUGGGGAGAAGUUCGCCAUGGUUCUUACAGAGAUGUUUCUUAGCAAUGUUAAUCCCUCCAAUACUAGGAUGAGUGCUGUUGCUUAUCUUGCUAGUUAUUUGUCCCGUGCAAAGUUUGUUUCACCGGCAUUGGUUGCUAGCAUCUUACAAAGAUUGGUAGAUUGGUGUCUUAACUAUUGCAAGUCACAUGAUUCUGUUAUGAACCCGCGAGCACAUCAAGUUUUUUAUUCUGGUUGUCAGGCUCUCAUGUAUUUGCUGUGUUUUCGAAUGAGAUCUCUGAUGGAUGCUCCAAGACUCAAAGUGCAACUUCUAAAUAUGCCCAUGGAGCCAAUCUUGCAACAUAAAUUGAAUCCUUUGAAGGUUUGUCUACCUACUGUAGUAGUGGAAUUCCUAAGACAAGCAAAGGCUGCUAAGCUCUUCAUGACAUCGGAAUCAUUUGCCUUCGAUGAUAUGCUCGAAUCUAAUCUUUCGAGGGCAUUUGGCGGGAUAGAUAGACUCGACAUGUUCUUUCCUUUUGAUCCUUGUUUACUGAAGAAAAGUGAAAGUUACAUAAGGCCACAUUUUGCACGCUGGUCAAAGAUCAAAUGUGAUGAUGCCGACAAUGGCGAAUUCAGUGAAAGUGGCAGCGAUGCAUCUGAUGACAAAUUUGUCGACAUGAAUGAGAAUGAUAUGAUUGAAGAUGACAUGACAGUGAGUGUACAACCAGGUUUGGAUUUCAACCCUGACUUGAAUAGAAUGUCAAUCACGCCCAAGAACAAGUCUUUGUUGCAUUUUCAACAGCAAAAUGCAAGAAUGCCCGCAAGAAUCAGACCAUCCACUAGUCCAGAGUCUUUGUAAUGAUAUUCUUGUGUCGAAAAACAUGUCAAUUUUGCAUAUGUUUUGGUGUGGUAGGAUUAGGAAGUCUAUGUUGGUGUUCUUUAUAGUGAAGAAAACAGGGGGGAGCAUUGUGCAGUGUUUUGGGGUAUUUUGCCCCCAUAUUCGGGCAAUUGUAGGUGUAGUUUUUAGCUUUUUAUGUUCAUUUUGUGCUGCCUAUUGAAAAAAAUGAGUAGAGGAGCCAACAUUUUUAAGAUUCCCUUCCUCGUCACUAUCUUGUAAUUGUAAUGUUUUAAAAAUAACUACUUGAAAGUAAUAUUUAUCUACUGCAAAACAUA